UUGGUAUCGAAUCAUCAGGCACGUGUUUCCCUCGUCUCUGUGACCCGCAGGACUUCCAGUCACGCUGUCUCGGUCGCUAACUUCGUGGAAGCCUCGUUCGAGAAGCAGGACUACCAUACUUUCCAAGAUAUCAUCGACCACAAGUAUGUUGAUUGUGAUGAGUCCGUCGACAUGUUUGAACUCUGCGUCAAGUGGUCCGAUGGGACCCUUACGUUUGAGCCAGAGCAAUACCUUCAACAAGAUUCCAAGUACGCCGUUCUCAAGUACUGGCACGACAGAGGUGGCAGGCACCUCUUCAUGGUCCAUCGGGAUGUCUGGCUCGUCCACGAAGUGCUUCAGUUCGAGGCUUCGAAGAAAGGCGACGACCGAUAUCUCGUGGAGUGGGUCGGACACCCAUCAAAAUCAUGGGAACCGUCAAGCCAGAUCCCAGCUUGCAUGAUCAACAAGUACUGGACCGCUCAAGAGGAAGCCACCUCAGCGGCGGGAAAGGUUGAUAUGCGAUGCGCGACGUAG